CUUAGCUUGGCCUGGAUCUACCUAUCUUCAUAUCUUUGUGGUAGUCUGGUAAUUACGCAAUUCCAAUCGGAGCUGAACAAGCAAGGGCCCAGAGACGACAAAUCAGCAAGAAAAUGGAAUACGUACCUAAGAUGCGCAUUACGCCUACGAUAGUUGUCGCAACAAGGAAUCGCUUAAGCGACUGUGUGGAGAAAAACUGUAAUUAGAAGAUCGAAAACUCUUGCGCUUUUCUACAAGUUGCACGGGAAGAGCACUGUUUUCAAGGAGAUAAUUGGUGUUGUUGAAUGAAGGUCAGCCGCGAUUAGAAGGAACGUCGUAUAUUUGAUAAUAUUUUCAUUUCUCUGUUUCAAGAAAGUGAAAAUGGAUGGCGCCGGAGGUUGUGGCGGAGGAUCCGAGAUCAGUGACGAAGAGCUCGGCACAGAAUCCGAGUUUGAACCGAAGCGCAGAAAGCUAGCACCAAGCUCACCUAUAUCGGACGUGGAGAAGGUAGCCGACUUUUUGAUGAUCAUGCUGGUGGGUCCAGUGGCCGUUUUGAUAAAGCAAGAGGAAGUUGAAGAAGAGCGUCUUCGCUGUAGUUGCUCUCCUUCACUUACACCGUGUCUUCCUUAAAAUCAAAAUUAAUCUCAAACUUCAGAUAAACACUGGUACAGUGACUGAAAACUGUAGCACAGAAGUGCUCAGUGAGUUUUAGAGACAGUUUUACUGACGGGCUUCACCACGAGGAUGAUGAGGAUUCACCUACUAUGUAAUCGCGAAGAAGUGCGACAAGAAUAAAUCAUUGUGUUGUCCACCAGGAGAAUGAAGACGAUGAGAUUCGGUCGGAAGUAGGUGAGGAGAGUGGAUCGAGCCCAGAGGAAGUAGCAGCCGCCUUGUCUCAUGUGCGAGGCGGCAGCCAAUCACCGCCGCGGAUUCUCUCACAAGGCCAAGGGGGGUCGCGCUUUCCGCAUGGUAUACGUAAAAUAAGAAGCUCAAGACAAUAUUCACGACACGGCAUCAUUUUUACCAUUUGCAUUUAGAGGCACCAGCAAUCAAAAUAUUUGUAUAUAUUUUCUUUGUUUUUUUGAGAGAACCCGUGUGUCCCCUAAAACAAACAUAAGUGUCUGCAGAAUGUUAAGGCGGUUUUACUGAUAAUUCUAAUAGGGUAGGUACUAUCGUGCAGCUGGCACUGUACAAAAGAUAGUGCAACGUGAUCAUACGAUAGGUAAGAAACAGUACUACUGCCUGUAAUUCUUGGCUCUUAUCUCACGCUUACCAGUUAUAUAUACGCCAACUGCACCCGAUGAGGGUGGCAUCCCAAAAGUCUGCGUCAUCAUCAUCGUCAUCGCACCAGGAACGCCUCGCUCUCGCAUGCGGCAACUUUCUCCACCUGCGGCUCCGGAAGGUGGCCUUGGUCUUUCCAGCGCUUCGUCCUCACCGUUGUGCCGGGAUAAGGACACUGCGCGCCGUCAUCUAGGUGAUUAUGAUGAUGACGAGCCGAAAGCCGACGACGAGGGCGAGAAUGAUGGGGAGCAAGAAGCGCCUCACCACGGCGGCGACAUGAAUGCGACGACGAGCCUAAUUUCAAGAAGCUCAGUCUUCUCAUCGAAGAAAGCGUACCUAAACGAUGAAAGGGAUGAGGACGAGAUCAUGGAGCAGGAGAUGAAAGCGCAUCUCCGUUCUGCACCAGCAUUAUCGUGCACAGACCGGCAGAGGGAUGCGGACGAGCUGAGCAAAAAUGCUUCUGUACGCGACACAGACAAAGAUCAGCAGGUGAAGAGUAAUAUCAGCGACGAUCACCAUGACGAGGAUGCCGUGUUCAAGUCGGAGGACCUUCGUAAAGGUAGUUGUCAUGUUGAAGAUCAUAGGACAGAUGCGCCAUCGAAAUCUUGUCGAGGCUCAACCUUUUCAACCACUUCGUCAGUGAAUAUGCCUGCGCGUCGCAACAGCAACAACAAGGCUAGCUCCACCUCCAAAGCAGCGGUAGCGGAAAGAGCAACGAAUUGUUCGUCGGGUGCCUCGUCUUCUUCGUCUUCCUCGCGGAAGAAACAGCCUUCAAUGUGCGGCAGUAAGGCUGAAACUGCAGGCCCGCAAGCACCGUCAUUGCGGAUCCAGGAACCGACGUCGGCCUCAGGUGUUGGCAUCCUCCACGCACGAACAACCACUCUACUAUCAUUAAGGCCUCAACAACUACAACAGCACGACUGAUCAACUUCGGCAAGCAUCCUUUUCAUCUCGAUGGGGAUGUUGUUAGAUUCACGUUCAAAGGAAGGUGUCCCGGGAUGUGUCUACUACUCAGGAUGGUGGGCUGUAGUAAAAGAAUAGUGCUGCAUUCUAAUUUCACCUGGUUUGAUGAACGGACGCGCUUCUGGGCCACUUGUGAAGAAGGCCGACACGAUCGAGGAGGCUUAUAUCAUGUCACUACCGUGUGCAGAUGACGAAGAUGAUGAAGGUCGUAUCGGAAGUCCAACAACAUUUCGUCCUGCGCCCGCAAAGGGCCAAGGCAUCGAACCUAGCUGUAGUUCUAUGGACCUCACAGCCGGUCGUGCAGAAGCAGCAGCUGCGAAUCGAACAAGCGGGCAGCAAAAGCCGGUAACCGAGACAACAUCAAGAACAGCAUUAUCCGGUGGAGGCGUGAGUUUUGCUCCUGCUGCAGCAACUACAAUAGAUGCUCAAGCAUCUCCACAGGAGGCAAAGAGUACUUUCUUCGGUUCCUCAUCAUCCACUUCAACAUCUUCUUCUGGAGCAUCUUCUACGUUGGGGGCUGUGGGUGGUCUGUUCAACCGGAUCUGGAAUUGGGCUUUUCCUGUAGUUGGAAGAAAACGCCAGCGAGCAGAGGACGCCGCUCCAGACGAGCAACCAUCUUCCUGGACCACAGGAGACGCAGCGUCAUCUUCAGCGCAACGAGCCGACAACGAGAAUUUUCUGGCAUCCGCUACAAGCCGCGCGAGCUCGUCUCUGGUUGUCCAACCGAGCACUAGCCUGAUGGACAUCGAUGCAGACGAAAGUGGCAAAGCAGCGAUGAUAACUAAGACUUGUCUAUCUAUCAUCCCUGCUCAACAUCAAUUCAUCUACAACAAAGCAGCAUCCAUCCAUCUACUUACUUGGAAGUGCAAGCAUUCUUGUUAUGUUGUAAUCGAGAAUUUCUAUCUCGACGAUCCUACUCUUCAGAAUUAAUUGCAGAAUUGAGCUUCUCCUCUAAUCAUGUCGCAGACGAUUGCAGUGCUGAAGAGCGAUCAGCGAAGAAGCGACGUACUAUUUUUCCUCAUGAUAAUUUCUUGUUCUUACAGCUGAUAAACGUGACUGGCUUGCAUGACGAGCUUGUUUAGAUCCUUGUGACGUCGAUGACAUCAUUAGGUAUCGGAUCAGCAUCGACUGACAAGAAUCUAGCCCAGCCGAAGCUUUUGGAGAGUCCGAC